AUGGGGCAGAGCUUCUGGGAGCAGCUCCAUUUCACCCUCACCCUCCUACUCCUGAAUCUGGGGUCUACUGUGACUGGAGAUGCCCCUCACAGCUGCUAUGGGGUUCCAGGCCUGCCAGGCAUGCCGGGUGUGCCAGGCAAGGAUGGCCGGGAUGGGCUGAAGGGAGCCAAAGGCGAGCCAGGCAUCCCGGCCACUCCUGAAACACAAGGGUCCAAGGGCAUGAAAGGGGACCCCGGCAGCCCUGGCUGGCCAGGCAAGGCUGGCCUCACUGGUCCCCCUGGUCCUCCUGGAGACCCUGGGACUAUGGGCAUGGCCGGAGAGCCAGGGAUGCCAGGUAGCUACAAGCAGGAGCACCAGUCAGCAUUUUCAGUGACGAGGCAGACCAGUGAGUACCCCUUGCAGGAUGUCCCUGUGGUGUUCAACCACGUCAUUACCAACACCAACCAUGACUACAACACUGCCACGGGCAAGUUCACCUGCAAGCUCCCCGGCCUCUACUACUUCGUCUUCCACACCUCGCUGACAGCCAACCUCUGCGUUGUCCUGUACAAGAACGAGAGAAAGAUGGCCAGCUUCUGCGACCACAAGACCAACACCAUGCAGGUCAGCUCUGGUGGGAUCCUCCUCCACCUGGCUGCUGGGAACCAGGUCUGGCUGGCGGUGAAUGAUUACAACGGCAUGGUGGGCAUCGGCAACUCCGACAGCAUCUUCUCGGGGGUCCUGCUCUUCCCAGACUAG